CAGCAUCCAUCAUUAUCAUGGUGGAAAUGAUGUCUCCUAUUGGAUGAACAUAACACGUUCAGCGAUGGAAAAUGAAACGUAGUACUUUUGAUUCGAUGAAUAGAAAUGUACUUUGAACUGAUGUAAGCAUAUGCUUGGUUUGAAAUAAAAUAAAAUAAUAAAAAGGAAAGAGAGUAGAAAUUUCGUGGGUGACUUUUGAAUUGACUAUAAAGCCAUGAGAAUCAUCCUCAUUCUCAUCUAUCAUCACCUGAACAGCUUCUAAACACUAUCUUCCUCAUUCUCAAUCCCAACACAGCCAUCUAUCAUCACCUGAACUGCUUCUAAACAUUAUCAUCUUCACUUUCACAACUUAUUUUUGCAGGUAAACAGAACUUGACGAGGAAACUCGUCAUUGGUAAUAAAUCGAACUUUCCAUAUUUAUUUUAUCACUUUUUCUUGUAAGUACUUUGUUAUCAUAAUUUACUAACUUAAAUUUAAAUUUCCUGUGUUUGUAGCAUUUGCAGUGAUCAUAGCCAUAUAUUUCUAUAAGCGGAAGUCAUAUGUACAAUCUCGCAGCCUCUCUUCUGAGCUCACUUCAAAGGAUCUUGAAAGUGGAAGUCAACACUUAUCAUUUUAGUUAUAGUGAACUUGAAGAAGCCACAAACAACUUUGAUCCAUCCAAAGUGCUGGGAAAAGGAGCCUUUGGGACGGUGUAUUACGGAAAACUUAAUGAUGGGCGUAGUGUUGCGGUGAAGAAGUUACUUGAGAAAAACAAUUACAAAAGAGUUGAGCAAUUCAAGAAUGAAGUUGAAAUCAUGGCAUCAUUAGUCCAUGAAAAUCUUGUGUCUCUAUAUGGAUGCACUUCACUUCACAGUCCCGAGCUUCUACUUGUCUAUGAGUAUGUUUCUAAUGGAACCGUUGCUGAUCCUCUCCGUGGUAAAGAAGCAAAACAUGGAAAACUUACUUGGCCUAUUAGAAUGAAUAUUGCUGUGGAGACAGCAAAGGCGUUGGAGUAUAUUCAUACAUCUAAAAUCAUUCACAGAGAUAUUAAAACAAAUAAUAUUCUCCUUGACACUCAUUUUCGUGUGAAGGUAGCCGAUUUUGGACUCUCGCGCCUUUUUCAAGUCGAUAAAACUCAUGUUUCAACGGCUCCACGAGGGACUCUGGGUUAUUUGGAUCCUGAAUACCAGCAAUGCUCUCAACUUACCGUUAAAAGUGAUGUGUAUAGCUUUGGUGUUGUGAUGAUUGAGUUGAUAUCGUCUUUGCGUGCCGUUGAUAAUAUAACAAGUGAUGGGCAUGAAUUUGAUUUGGCUUGCAUGGCUCUAACCAAAAUUCAAAACCAAGCAUUGCAUGAAAUUGUGGAUCCUACACUCGGUUUUGAAUCGGAUUCUAAAGUAAAGAACAUGAUCAUUGCCAUGGGCGACUUAGCAUCUCAAUGUUUGCAAAGUUCGAAAAAUUCGAGACCUACCAUGAAUAAAGUGUUGGAAAGUUUAGAGGAGAUUCAAAAAGAUGGUAAGCUUAAAAGCCAACCCGAGGUAAUGGGCAUUUCGAAUUUAUCUGAUGAGGCUUCCACCUCCACUAUCACCUGAGUCGAAUGUUAGGAGCAGUUAAACAACUCCGAAUACUAGUGGAUAAAUCGGUUCGAUUUGAUAUGUUCUUCAUGGUUUUCCACAUACUUUAUUUAUUUAAACUAAUUUCAUAUAUUAAACAUAAAAGAAAGCAGAUCUAGACAUUUAGUGUAGUGGGGACAAAAAAAAUAUAUCGAACUUUCCUUUUAAAAAUAAGAGUAAAAUGUUCAAUGAGAGAUAAAGAGACUAAUGUUAGAAAAAUAUAUGGAUAGUUAUUGUUAUAGCUUAUUAAUUUGACUGUAAAUUUUUUUAUAUAUAUAGAUGUCUAGUUAUGUUUAAAGUCAGUCACUACAUUUCUUUCUAUGUGCAAAUGUAUAUUUGAUCACUAAGUUGGUAGAGAAAAAAGAUGAAUAUAAAAUAAUUUCUAAUGUGAUAGAAAAAGUGAGAUAGAAAAUAAAAUAUAAGAAUGAAAGUUCGUGAAUUUUAUGUGUUGAAUGAAUAGAAAAACGAGCACAAACAAAGAAGAAAAAAUAUUUAAAUAUUAUAUACAAAUAUUUGAAAUAAGUUUUACAAAUGUUUAUUAGGUUUAAAAGCAUUUUACAUCCUUUAUUUUAAAAAGUACGAUUAGUGGUUUUUUGUGCUCGGGCAUUACCCCUUUAUUAUGUUCCGUUGUGUUUCAAUGAAGAUGGAGAACUACACAUAAGUGUUCGUGGUGCUUGGCGUUCCUUUGAUCGAAGUCGUGGUUUGGUUGUUUGUGAUCCAAAGGAACAAAGCUAUCGAAGAUUUGUUUUGGAGGAAAACAUAUAUUGGAUGGAAGAAACUGUGUACCAUGACAGUUUGGUUUUCCCCCAUGAACCCUUAGAUCAAACAAGUUUUCCUUCUUCUUCUUCGGGUUCCUUUAUGCAAAUGAAGCUCAAGUUUUCACACACCAUUUUGAGUUGUUUAGUUUGUAAUGCUACCUCUAGGAAGAUGUUGUUGUAAAUCAUGAUGAUAGAGUUGUUUUCCUUUAAUUUUUGUUUUUUGUUUCAUUUCAAUGUAGACUUGUUUAACCAAAUUCAUGAUUUGUAGAACAAUAUAGGGGACAAGAUGUAAGGAUGGUGUACCUCCCAUGAAUUCUCUAAUGAUUGGUUAAUCCAUACAGAGCUGUGAUUAGGGGUGGCAAACGGGCAUGCCCGCCCCGCAAAAGCCCGCGAAAAAAUGGGGCGGGGCGGACUUUUUUAAGAGUGCGGGUCUAAAACCUUGCCCCGCCUGCAAAAAAGUGAGGGCGGGGCGGGGAAAGCGCACCAAAAAACGGGGCGGACACACUAAAGAGAGCGGGCCUAAAAUCUUGCCCCGCCCCACGAAAAAGUGCGGGUAAAACGGGCUUUUCCCGCGGGCCGGACCCGUUUUGCCACUCCUAGCUGUGAUGCAUCAAAUAUUGUUGGAUGGUUCAAGCAGUUUUGUCGGAGAAAAAACAACUUCGGCAUGCGAUAAUUCAGCUAGAGGAUUUAACAUGAUUGAUGAUAUCAAAACCAAAUUGUCGGAGAAAAAACAACUUCGGCAUGCGAUAAUUCAUCUAGAGGAUUUAACAUGAUUGAUGAUAUCAAAACCAAAUUGAUGAAACACGCCCCCCAUGGCUCGUAUCAAUGUCGCACUUGAGCUUCUUCUAAACUCAGGAGGGGUGUGUAUUUGUUUUCUCCUUAACAAAAAAAUUGGUUAUGAUUUAACAAGAUAACCAAGAGACCACAGGGCCAAAUCAAGAAACCAACAGUUAUGGUAAACCAUGAACCAGUCCACUGGUUGGUCUGAUAAGGUCUCAGAAACUGUUAGAAAACCAUUUUGAAGCACAAGGUACCUUCUUUCCAAAGCUUUGGUUAAUCAUCUAAAAAACUUUGGCUCCUUGAGCUACAAACAUGUUCUUGAUGAAAAGAGACAAAAGCUACAAGAUAUAUGCGAGCCUAUGACUCUAGUUGGUUAUCGUGUGACUAGAGCAUGUAGACUAUACUUUCCAAUUACAAUGAAGAUUGAAGUUAGUAGAGAUAAGGUGGUAAAUGAGCAAGACUAACGGGAUUGUAGAACUUGAACAAACAACUUCUGUAACUUAUUUUCAUCAGUAGUUGAAGAUGUCAGUGAGAAAUCAAAAGAUGUAAAUGUUGAACCAACCUUACCAAUCUAAAGGCCAUAAAGGCAUAAACAAUUUCCAGUCA